AUGCAGGUACAAACUAUAAAGUUAAUUUUACUGCUGAUAGUUUGUGGGUUUGGUCUCAUCAUUCUCUCAAAUCAACUUCUGGUGAAAGCUUCGGAACGUGCCCACGUUGUUGGAUGGAUUUGUCUUGUAUUUUCAUUGUGUGUAUUUAUUGCCCCAUUAGGCAUUCUGAGACAAGUUAUACGAACAAAGAGCGUCGAAUACAUGCCAUUUCUUCUAUCAUUUUUUCUCACAAUAAGUGCUGUUAUGUGGUUCUUCUAUGGUUUGCUGCUCAAGGAUUAUAACAUUGCUAUUCCAAAUGUUUUAGGCUUCAGCUUUGGCGUUAUACAAAUGGUACUUUAUGUAAUAUACAGAAACGGAGCUAAGAGUGACAAGAAAAAGCUUCCUGAAAUACCAAAGAAAAUUAUAAUUUUGGAAGAACACAAAAUUCCAGAAUUAACUGAGCAAAUUAUUGACAUUGUGAAAAUCAGUGCACUGUUAAAUUCAGAGAAAAUUCCAGAGGUUUCACAUCCAAUUAAUGAUGGAAUCGAAGAAGCUCGUGAGCAUCAGAAUAUGCCAAAGGACAUUGAAGUUAAAAUGUAA